AUGCCAGGCAAAGGACUCAUCGCAUCCCUCACAGACAAGGCUCAAGCAGCUCUUGCAAGCGCAUCUGGAAAGACGAGCUCUCAGCAGUCGCAUGAUAGCGCGUCCACAGCGACCGCCACUCCAGGACAGAGUUCGUACGCUGCCCCAACGCAGGAGCAAUCUGGAACUCUGAGCGGUCGUCAUCACGGCUUAGAGUCCAUUUCGUGGCUGAUUACUGCGAAACGCGCCAAACAGCACACUCUUCGGAGCCUCCAGGUUCAAUACAGCUCUGGUGUAUCACAGGAGAACCGUCAAUUGCAGCUCCUCAUCACCGCAGCAAAGGGGGUCGCUCUGGACUUUGAUGCAGUUGGUAGAGAAUCCAAGGCCCAGAGCAAGGAACUCUAUCUUUGGGGACAGACCCAGGGAGAUGAUAUCAAGGAUGUGACUGACCGACUCGCAUACCUGACGUUUGUACAAGGCGCACUCUCAUAUACUCUCGCUACCGAUCUCGACAAGAGUCGUGCUGCUUGGAAGAAUGUUCGCGACGCAGAGGCUCAGCUUGCGCCGCGACGAGCAGUGCGUGCGAACUUGACCCAGCAGAUGAACAAGUUCAAGACAGAAGGCGGAAGAACUGGAGGCGUGGAUACCAAGCUCGCAGAGCUGGAAGCGCAGCUCAAGAAAGCCGAGGCAGAUGAUGCCCCACUUGAGAAAGAGCUCGAGUUGUUGAAGCGGACGGCUAUCAAAGAAAGCGAGACAAUGAAGUGGAAGGCGUUGCAAGAGUAUGGGCAAAAAUUAGUCCUGCUCGCCGGGGCUUCAGAGCAACUCCUUCGUGUCCUCCCUUCAUCCCCACCAGAGCAGUAUACCGGCCACCAGCAGACUGCGGCAGUUCGAGCUGCUCUUCAGAAUGCCUUGGACAGUGGCUACGUUCCCAAGACUGAGCAUUUACCUCUCAACGUGGGUUCGCCUACUGGAGAAACACGCAGCUUUGGCGAGACUCAUGCAAGCGAGCUCAGCACAAUUGCGACCGUGACGGACAAUGGACACGAAAACAGUGCGCCGAUCAAUCCAGGCAGUUUGAACAACAAUCCCGCGCCCAUUCCUCAUCAUUACGAUGCUCCCACGACUGGGCCACCAACUCAUUAUAAUGCUCCGACCAGUGCACCACCUACGGCAUACCAUGCUCCAGACUCUGCUGCUCAUACCAGUUUAGCACCGCCCAAUGACCCUGUGGCCACCCCGGCCAGCUCGACUGUCGUCCCUCACGCGCCCACAGUGGCCGAGACGGGCGUUCCUGUCACAGCUGGAAAGGAGGGUCCUGGGCCAGCCACCGGCUCAUUGAACCAGGCACAGGAUGAAGUGCGUGAUCGACCGACGGUAGGGUACGGUGUCGGAAAUAGCGAGCAAGCACCUGCAUAUGGCGGAGCUGCUGCUGUGCCUGUUCACGAGUCUGCCGAAGACGAGAAGCGUCGUCUUGCUGCUGCAGAUCAGGCCCAGACGACGGAACCUGCACCUGGCUAUGGUGGCCAUCAAGGUGGAUUGGUCGCGUCUACAUCCACUAGGCGUCCACCCGCUCAUGAAAGUGCCGAAGACGAGAAGAGGCGUCUGGAAAGGGAGGAGAGGGAGCGGAUUUUGCGCGGAAAUGAACGUCAGGACACCAAGGACGACCAAGGAGGAGCGCCGCCGCCAGCAUACCAGGACUAA